GCUCAUCGUAUAAAUGUACCAGUAUCUGCUCACCUGGCUUUGCACUGCACUCGGCUUCCUACUGUCAGCCACCACAGCACAGGAACAGUCGACUACAUCCACCUGGAACCAUGCAGUCUGCCGAGGCCAAAUACAACAGAAACAGCCUGCUCUUGGCUCUGAGACGAUACAGCUCAGUCGUCAGAGACAUGGAGCAGACCGUUCUCGUGCCGAGCCUCCUGCGAGAUGUGCCCUCUGAGGACGAGUGGGACGGCGAUGCAGCAGAGGAGUCCUGCAGCGAUCUGUAUGGCAACUACCUGACGCUCAAGGCCAUAAGAAACACAGUGGAGAGCGGCCUGGUUCCCCUGGACGAUCGCAAGGUCAAGAGCAACACUGCGCUCUGCAAGACCCUGGAGCCUCUGUUGGACGCAGACCCUGAAGCUCUCUUUCGCUUCCACCUGAGAGGACUGUUUUCUGUGAUGACGGACCUCACCAAGAAGACUCAGAGUCUAACUGAGAAAUAUAAGGACAUCAUCGGAGUGUCACAUUAAUCAGUAAGACAUGUGGAUGACAUGUUGUAAAAAAAAAUGCUGUGACAAAGUCAUGUAAACAUUUCAAAUGCCUGAAAUGUGACCCCAAGCUUCUAACUUAAUAUGGAAUAAAUAAGUAUUGCCAAAACUGA